AUGGCGGCCCAAACUAUUCCACCAACACACCCAGCACAGAAGGCCAACAGUAACAUGGGCUGUCGCAACAAUCUGUAUAUUAGCAGGCCACUAGAAUCACAGCCGGUGUGGCAUGGCAUGUACAGGUGCAUCGACGGCACCAAGCUCGCCACUGUCUGUCUCCCACCUCCAGCCACGGGGUCAGCACUCAGCAGUACUCAAGUACGUACAGAACGACUCCAGCCAUUCGGACACCAACCAGCACCAUCUAUCUCUCUCUCUCUCGCGCGCGCCUGGCCAAGAAACAAGGGUGGUGCUUGGCGACCGCCGCAGCAUUCACCAAUCAAAAAGGCGCCACCCGGCCCGGGCCCCGCCAGCAGAGUACGGCCAAAUGGAGGCACUACAAAAAAGGGGCGGCAUGAAAAGGGAAGCAGCAGCCAACAGGGGGCGCCGCCGGUCUUCUCUUCCAUUUCGGUGUUAGGUGAGAGUCGGCGGCGUCGGCUUCGGCGGCGGCGGCAGCGAGGUCAAAAAUGGCUCCGGCUGGCUGGUGGCAGAGAGUCGCGUCAGCUUCACGGUCGGUUGGUCGGUCGGUUAAUGUCGACGACAUGGUUCGGGGUCCCGUGCUGUUGACCUCCAUGUCCUAUCAACAGAACAUCCUCUUCUGCGACGUACACAGGGAGGGAGAGCAGGGUCGUGUUGUUCAAGCUCAUUAGCAGAACUACCGAAACCGGCGGGCGAAAUUCAUU